AUGGGCUUUUGCACGUUGGAUGGGCUGGAUUUGUUUACCACCCCUAAACAGCCAGUGGUAUGGGACUUGCCUCGCUACUUGGUCCUGCAGCUGAAUUUAUUUUCUGGGCAAUUGUACUUCAGCUCAUUCAGAGAAUAUGUGGAGGUGUGUGAGCUUCUCAGUCUUGCCUGGGAGAAGGAUAGAAGCGGUCAAGCGAUCGCUGCAGACGGGUUUAUUUUGAAGGGUAGUAGCAAGUCGAAUUUCAUCGACAGUCCUGUCAAGUUUCUAAAGGUAUUUUUGACGAAGGUUCGGAUGAAUUGUGAAGCGAUUGGGAAGACGCAUAUUGGAACAGUUUUGGAUGGUGGUUUGCUUCGUCCGGCAGAUUUUAGGGAGCCAGAGAAUGGAUGA